ACCCAGGACGGCGGAGACACAUGUCCCACAGGGAGAUGGGACAGAGGUUCUGAUGGCCUGGCGUCCUGCCCAGGUCUCAGAGCCAGGCAGGUGUGGGGCUCGGGGUCCGGGGCAGGGGCCACGGAGGGAGGAGAGGGACGCCGGACCUGCCUGAAGUGAGCCCCAGCAGGGCACAGAGGGACUGCCCCCCACAGCCCCCGGGAAGCUUAUCCCCGCCUUUGCCAGAGGGAAGCGAGCGGAAGGGGCCGGCCGUGAGCCCGCGUGCAGGGCAGACUUGCAGGCAGCCUCAGCAGCCAGAGGGUCUUCCCGCCCUCAGGACCAGCGUCACCUCCCCCGGGAAGCCGCCCUUCCCACCACUCCCAGGGCCCGGAGCGGUCUCAUCCCGGCGGGUAGCCCGUGCACACCUGACCCCCGUCUCCACGCAGGGUCGGACUGGGGUCCUAGCAGCUGGCGCGAGCCUUCCCGUCCCCCGUGCCGCCAAGAUGCCCGAGCAGAGCAACGACUACCGCGUGGUGGUGUUCGGGGCGGGCGGCGUGGGCAAGAGCUCGCUGGUGCUGCGCUUCGUGAAGGGCACCUUCCGCGACACGUACAUCCCCACUGUGGAGGACACCUACCGGCAGGUCAUCAGCUGCGACAAGAGCGUGUGCACACUGCACAUCACCGACACCACGGGCAGCCACCAGUUCCCCGCCAUGCAGCGGCUGUCCAUCUCCAAGGGCCACGCCUUCAUCCUGGUCUUCUCCGUCACCAGCAAGCAGUCCCUGGAGGAGCUGGGACCCAUCUACCAGCUCAUCGUGCAGAUCAAGGGCACAGUGGAGGACAUCCCCGUCAUGCUGGUGGGCAACAAGUGUGACGAGACGCAGCGCGAGGUGGACACGUGCGAGGCGCAGGCGCUGGCGCGGCAGUGGAAGUGCGCCUUCAUGGAGACGUCGGCCAAGAUGAACUACAACGUCCGGGAGCUCUUCCAGGAGCUGCUCACGCUGGAGACCCGCCGGCACGUGAGCCUCAGCGCCGAGGGCAAGCGCGCCUGCAAGCCGAAGCGGACAGACCGCGCCAAGGGCAAGUGCGCCCUCAUGUGAGCCGCGGGCCGCCGCGCCACGGGCCCUCCCUCCCCCGUCUGCCUCCCCGUGUCUGUACCCACGCACCCAGUGCUGGGGGCCCCCGCCGUGCGGGAACGCUGCUUCCAGCCGGGACGAGGGGGCGCAGCCUCCGUCUCUGCCCGUCCGCGGUCCGCGUCUCCCUCCCAGGGCCUCCUUCUCGGUUCCCUCCCCGGGGUGCUCCCGCGCCCCCCGCCAGCCUGACCCCCACAUCUGAUCACUGUGACCUCCCGGGGGAGCGCAGAGUGAAGUGCACACCGGUCAGCCUCAGACGGCCUCUCCGCUCCCGUUGGUGUUUAGCACACACCCCCACCCCGUGCCCCCCGCCCCUGACCUGUGCCCCGCUCAGCC